AUGGAGCCUGUAAAUACAAUAGACGAAAAUUCUUUUGACCCAACACCAAGAUUAAAAUCUAGUCCUAUACCGAUUAAAUUUAUUUCUUUUAAUGAGGGUGAUGAAAAUUGUAUCUGUUGUGGAGAAAAAUACAUUCAACCACUUCUAAUAGACUUAGAAUGUAGUGAUCAUGAAAUAAAUAAGACAAAAGUACCACAAAGUAUUCAAGAAUGCUGUGGAGACUUGAAAAUUUUAUCAUUUAAACAAAUAUUAGACGAUCAUUCAACUUUUGGCAGUAAAUAUGAUAAAGUGUAUAAAAGUGAAAAAUAUUGUAAAUUAUGUGGGAAAUCAUUAUUACAUCGAGAAACAUAUAUUACAAAAGAAUUAAUAUUUUGUUCAGAUUGUUAUUUAAUUUUUACUGAACGUAUAGAAUCAUCUUUGGUUAAAAAAGAAAUUUCAAUUUUUUACAUACCACGGUGGCAUACUGCUUAUAAGUGUGAUGCCUGUUAUUCAACAUUAAUAUUUACAUCAGACUGUCAAAAGUAUUGUUCAAAUUGUUAUAUAUUUUAUGUUGGAUGCAGAUAUUGUUUAACAACAAAUAUUAUUUUUGGUCCUACAGGUCAAACUCAAUGUAAAAAAUGUAAAAGAAUAUCAUUUAUCAGUUGUCUAGAUGAUUCUCUUUUAAAUAAUAUUAUUUUAUGUGAUAACUUAGCUAAGUUUGAAAAUAUUGUAAAUAAACUUGAUAAAUAUUAUAUGCAUGUGGACAUAUUAGAUGCUUUGUUUGGAAAAAAUAUUAUAAUACCAAUUAGGUGGAUACCAUAUUCUCAAUUUAAAGAUGUAAAAGAAAUGACAAAAGGAGGAUAUGGUAUUAUAUAUAAAGCAACUUGGUUAAGUAAUAAUGAAACAGUCAUUUUAAAAAGAUUUGAAAAUUCUAAAAAUAAUAAUAAAUAUUUCUUAAAUGAGUUAAAAUCAAGUCAGCAUUGUUAUAGUAGAAAUUUUCAUAAUCAUAUAAUUAAAAUUUAUGGCUUUACAAAAGAUCCUGAAUUAGGGGAUUAUGUAUUAGUUAUGAAAUAUGCAACAGAAGGAGAUUUACAUAAAUAUUUACAAAAGGAAUUUACAAAUAUUACAUGGAAUUAUCAAAAACUACGUAUAUUGUGGCAAAUUUCAGAGGGACUUGAACAUAUUCAUAAAAAUAAAUUCAUACAUCGAGAUUUUCAUAGCGGAAAUAUGUUAUUUGAUUUAAAUAUCAGUGCAGGUAAAAAUUAUCAAUGGAAAAUUGGGGAUCUAGGAUUAUCACAAGAAAUAAAUAAUGAAUCAUCAAAUAAUGAGAUAUAUGGAAUUAUACCUUAA